GGCGGAGUCUGGUGCGCUCGAGGGUUGGACAGUGAAUGACAGCGGCUGGAUGGACCAGUGCCCGUGCGAGGAUGCCUUCUACGCCGGGACCUACAUCGCGUCGUGCGAACGAACGACGGGGACAUACGCGCCGCCGUCGGGAACCGCCCCGAAUGGCCCGUUGCCGAGCCGCUCGGGCAGUCCCGGGGGCUCGUCGCCCUCCGCGGACAGCGAGGCUGGAAUAUUCAUGCUCGUGUACGCCGCGUUCGCGGCGGUGUCCUUUCUCGCGCUCCUCGGCGUGAGCUGGUGGUGGAAAAGGGAGGGAGAGCGGCGACGCGCGGACGAGGCCAUCGCGGCGGAGCUGGCGAACCCGUGGAACGUCAUGGCGCGCAUGCGCGCGGGGGAAGGCGGCGGAUCUCGGGGAUCGCGCGGGACGAACAACGGGACCAACAACGGCACCAAGCACUCGACGCAGAGCACCACCAAGCGCGGCAGCAUAUUCGGCCUGUUCUUCGAGAAUCCCACCGGAAGCGUCGUCUUUGGCAAGGAACUCGCGGUGCUGGACGAUCCGGAGGCGGUCGCGUACGUGUACGGCCCGGGAGACGACGACGACACAGCUGGCGGCGGAAAGCGCAUCGAAGCGGCUGGCGACGGUUCGUCCUCGUCCACGUCCUCGUCCACGUCCUCGUCCACGUCAUCUUCCACGUCCUCGUCCACGUCAUCGUCGACGCGAGCGCGGACGUUCGGCGAGGUGCGCGUCACCAUGCUCGACGACGAGGACGCGGACGCGGGUGUGCGCACGUACGACGGAGCGGACACCCGGCGGCACGGGUCGCGGAUGGCGGGCGCACAGCUGGCGGGCGCACAGCUGGCGGCCGACUCGGAGGUUAUCGAGAUAAGCGUGGACGGAUCCGGGUCUUCGUCGUUCGCGUCGUCGUCGUCGGUGGAUGGAUCGUCGUCCAGCGGCGGCAGCAGGGACGCGUCGCGGCGGGGCACGCGGGGAGGCUCCUCGUCGUCGUCGUCGUCGUCCAGGGGGACCAGCGUGGUCGGCCUCGCGGCGCUGGGAAUGGUCAACCCCGAAACGUACCUUCCAAACUCGAGGCAAAAUUCGCGGGGCAGGGCGAACGGGGGAAGGCUGCGGUCGUCGCAGAUGUGGGGGGACUGCGACACGGACACGGAUGGGGAGGACGCGCCGAUUGAUCGCGGGUGAUUGAAGAAAGAGCCUCCGUUCCAUCCGAGAGAAACCCGGGAGAAGAAAUCAAAGUUACGAAAGACACGACGCGAGGGUGAAAAGCACCCGUCGUCUGGUUGUCGUGACUCCUCCUUGUUGUUCUUGUUAUUUGCCGUGACGAGUAAAACUUUUAAAGUCGAGAGCGCGUGCGAGCGUAUCGU